AGCUCUCCGAGCCGUGAGUCGCAUUAAUAAUAUGCUGCCAUGAGAUGUUUUGGAAUUUUAAUGAACUCUUCUGUUUGUGUCGGUCUUUAUCAUUCACCUUCACUGAAAGAAAGCAGGAACGACAAAUAAUGGCGAGGGAGAAAGCAAGAAAAAGAAAAAGUGGCGAGGGAGAUUCUUGCGUGAUUUUUGGCAAACAUCGAUGGGGCGAGUGAUGAUACAGAAAACAAAUUUGCAUCUACUUCAUUCUCCUAGCAUACACAAUUUGCUGUCAGAGCGAGUCCCGAGCCAUCCCAUCUAUCUGUUUGCUGGUAACAAGAAAGGGAAGAAGAGGAAACUAAAGGACUAAUACUGCUAUGGCAUCUGACGAGCAUCCCACCUACCUUGCUUUGGCUAUUGUGAUCUGCACGACAGCAUUGAUCGUCGUCACUACUUUCUUGGGAGCUCAUUUCCGGCGCAAGAAGAGAUGGCAAAGUGGCAUUUCCAGCAGGAUAAAUGUGAACGAUUCGCAGCAGCAACAGCAGCUGGUAGAUGGGAGCCACAAUGUACUGUCGUCCUCAUCCUCAGACGAUCCAGUGAUAGGCCAUGAGUAUGAAGUCUUCCUGAGUUUCAGGGGGACCGACAUCCGGAAGUCCUUCACGGACUACCUCUAUCAUAGCCUCAUCGAUGCAGGAAUUCGCGUAUUCAGGGACAAUGAGGAGCUUCAUCUAGGGGAGGAGAUCAGCCACAAGCUCAUGAAAUCAAUCAAGCAGUCAAAGAUCGGGAUCCCCAUCUUCUCUGCAGAUUAUGCAUCAAGCAAGUGGUGCCUCAUGGAGGUGGCGGAAAUGGUGAAGUCCAUGAAGGAGAGCAAGCAGCUGAUCAUGCCAAUAUUCCUGGACGUAACGCCCGAAGAGGUCCAACGCCAGACGGGAAAUUAUGCCAAACUGCUCUCCCAGCACAAGAAGAAGUUCGGUCAGGAGAAGGUCCAAUCGUGGAGGAAUGCGCUGAAGGAGGUUGUGAAGCUGAAGGGUCUGGAACUGGAUAAAGUGACGAACGGGGGGGUGUAAAUGAGACGAGCCAAGUCGUGAGUUACUUGAGAUCGACUCGGUGAUAACUCGAACUUGACUCGACAUUGUCUAGCUCGAGCCAAGCUUUUCUUCCAAGCGAGCCGAAUCAAGCUCGGUGGUACUCGGCUUGUUCAGCUCACGAGCAUACAAGUUUCUACAUAAAAUUACGUAUAUCUCCUUUUAUUAGUGAACUAAGGCCCCAGGCCCAUAAUUCAUGGACUGGACUGGGCUUUCUCAUUAUCCUCUUUAGCCUAAACUCUUACAAUAAUAUAGAAAUUGAAAUUUAAAAAUAAAAUAGAAAUCGUCUCUCUCUUUCUCUCAUGCUCGGCAAGUCCGUGACCCCAAGAUGCCACAGAGUCGAGCUCGAUCUUGAGCCGAGCUCAAUCGAGCUCAAUCAAGCUAAUCUUGGUUUUGAGCCUGUAGCAAUCAAAUGAGCUCUAAUGAGCCGAGUUUGAGCUACUCGAGUAUUACUCGAGCUCGAGCCUCCAUAUUGAACCUCGACCGAGCUCGAGCUCCAGUCGAGCUUGAGCAUUUUUUUAAAGAGUCGAGUCAAGUUUACUUGUACUCGAGCUCGACUCGACUCAUUUACACUCCUAGCUGAAUACCAGUCACAUCUCAAUAUGAGGGAUUUGGAGAAAAAGGAUCAAAGACCGUCAUUUUUCUGAAACCUCGACCUUAGCGUUUUUUUCUAUGCACUAACAAAGAGUUCCGUUAGGGUGGAUUUACGCAAAAACAUUUUCCCUUGUUUCAUCAAAGAAAUAGAGAGGAGGGAAAAUAAAAUUCUUUCUCAAUCUUUCCCUUUUAUUUUCCCUAUAAAUCUGCCUCAAUAUGAAAUUUUGGUCCAUUUCCCCUAAAUUAUAUAUCUAUCUAUAUAUCUAUAUUAAAACAAAACCCGAGCCGAAUUCUCAUGUCGACACUUCAUAAAAAAUAAGAAUCGGAACUCUCUCUGUUUGCUAUGUCAUCUCAUGUAUUAAAAAAAUUUUUUAUCGUUAUCUAUAUAUCUAUAUUAAAACAAAGUCCGAGCCGAAUUUUCACGCCGUCACAUUAAAAAUAUAUAUAUAUAUAUAUAUAUAUUAUGCUGUAAAAUAUAUAUAUUAUUUGCAUGUACCCCAACAAAAUUUAUAUUAUAUAUAUUAGUUUCUAUUUAGGAAAUUUUUUAUAUUAUAGCCUGUUUAUAUAUAUUGUAGCAAAGUUGAGAGUUGGAAAGCAAUAUUGCAUUAUGGGCAAAUAUAUUCUUAUAAUAUUAGCCAUAAUCAAAUUCCCAUGUAUAUAAUAUUGUUUAUUUAUAUUGUCGUUUAUAUAUAUAUACACACCUACUGCAUGAGUUGAACAAAAAGAGGCAGGUAAAGGAAGAUUUUUCUUUUGCGAGAUUUUAAUUAUAUUGGAGCCACAUAUAUAUAGACGCACUUUUAACCGAAGCCUUUAGCAUUAUAUUAUCGUUUGCAAAGACGUGUUGGUGUCUUUAUGGACUUUGUAUGUAUAUCGUUGUAACAUCCCAGAUUUUUCGAGUGUCCUUUCCCAUUUUACCAAUCUUCACUGCAUUUGGUUAGCAUCCUAAAUUUCGGUGCUUAUAGUUCUUAAAAACAAAAUAAAAAAAAUGUUGAUUAUUAUAAUUUUUGGAUAUGAUGGAGCAAGUUGCUUUCCAGGUGUCAAAUUAUUUGUCAAGCUUAGCAUGCUUCAUUUUUUUUUUUUCGGUUGAAAGCUUAGCAUGCUUCAUUGUUUAAUGUUCUGCCAACGCAUUUCCACCGCCAAACUUUUAUCUUCCGUUUAAAAUCCCAUUUUAUUUCCCUCGGCCAUUGCAUUCCUUAGUCCAAUUUUCACAACACAAAGAGAAAGGGGCCAACAGUGGAGAGAGUGAGAGUAAUUUGAGGGGAGAAAAAUUAGAAAUAGAUUGUUGUUGGAUGUUCUGGGAUUUGGGAUUUGUUAUGGUGAGUAACCUAUUUUUAAACUUUAUUAUCGUUAUAUUAGUAUUUUCAGAAAUGCAUUGUAUUUUAUACUAUCGAUUACGAUAUUUGAAAAAGAGAUACUGAAGUUUUGAGAUCGAUGGAAAUUGGUGAGUCAUGCGGUGCCCUAAGCCAGUCGUAAGCGAAGUAGCAUGAAAGUGUUGACUGGAGCAGUGAGGCUGCCAAUGUGGAGCCGAAACUGUGGUCUGGAGCUGGGAAGGGGCACAUGAAUGAUCUGAGUUCUUGAAAUGUCGAUGAUAUUUUUAUGAUAUUACUGAACUCGUGAUAUAAUCUAACUAAUUUAGGUUGUGGUUAUUUACUAAGCGUCAAGCUCACCCCCAAAUAUAUUCUAUCAGUGGUUUUAUAGGUUAGAUUAGCAGUGACUUCUUGACAUUUAUCGGGAUUUUUACUCGUUCGGUCGCAUUUGUAACUUUCUGAAUAUUCCUCAAUUGUAUGGAAAUUUACGUGUAUUUCUCGAUUUUUUAUUGUAUAAUUUCUAGAAUUUUACAAUUGUGUUGCGUGCUCAUCCACUACCAACACCAAUCGAUGUAUGCCAAUUUGAUCAUUUCAAAAAGGAUUCAUUAGGUUUCU